CAACUAUCUCUCUCUCACACAUCUUCAUCAUUGAUCAGUGAAGCCAGACAAGUCAGAAGGGCAAAACCAAAAAAGGAAAUUGAGGUCUCCAUAUCAUGACAGGAGAACAAAAGGAGGAACUGCCACCAGGGUUCAGAUUUCAUCCUACAGAUGAAGAACUUAUCACCUUCUAUCUCAUCAACAAGAUAACUGAUGCUACUUUUACUGGAAGGGCGAUCGCAGAUGUUGAUCUCAACAAGUGCGAGCCAUGGGAACUCCCUGCAAAGGCGAAAAUGGGAGAGAAGGAGUGGUACUUCUUCAGCCUUCGAGAUCGGAAGUACCCAACAGGAGUGAGAACAAACAGAGCAACAAACACAGGUUACUGGAAGACGACAGGGAAAGACAAGGAGAUCUUCAACAGUGUGACAUCUGAGAUGGUUGGGAUGAAGAAGACACUUGUUUUCUACAGAGGCCGAGCUCCUCGAGGCGAGAAGUCCAAUUGGGUCAUGCAUGAAUAUCGUAUUCAUUCUAAAUCCGCCUUUAGAACCUCUAAGGAUGAAUGGGUGGUUUGCCGUGUCUUCCAGAAGAGCGCAGGCAUAAAAAAGUAUCCAACAAACCAAUCAAGAGCAGCCCAUCCCUACAACCUAGAAAUAGGUCCAAGUGUGGUGCCAUCACCCAUGAUGCAGCUAGGUGAUCACCAAUUCCCAUAUGGCAGAAAUUACAUGACAAGUGCUGAGCUGGCAGAGAUUUCUAGGGUUUUAAGAACUGGCGGCAGCGGCGGUGGUGGAUCAUCAAAUGGCACUAUUAACGUACCAAUCCAACCCCAAUUCAACUACCCAAAUCUUGGAGGAGGAGGAGGAGGAGGCUUUACAAUUUCUGGGUUAAAUUUGAAUCUUGGUGCGCCAGCCACCCAGCCCAUGUUGAGGCCAAUGCCACCACCACAACUACAUCAUCAAGGUCCUCCAGCUAUGAACCAUCAUCAGCAAGAUGUUAUGAGUAAUGGGGCUAAUAAUAAUUCCCUUGGUCCAGAUCAUCAAGCUGGAUAUGGUGCAAUAGAUAUGAACAACAACAAUGCAAAUGGGAAUGGCAACAGGUUUAUGAACAUGGAGCAUUGUGUGGAUCUUGACACCUACUGGCCUCCCUAUUAGGGUUUAUGAAGAGAGUUAUUAUAAUUAGUUCUAACUUUCAGGGGCAAGUUAGACCACAAACAUAAUUAAUAAAUAAUUAAUUAUGGUAUUAAUAUUAAUUAGUAUAGAAUAGCUAGCUACAUAUAAGGUGCUCCUGAGAAUCAGUAGAGAAAUUGUAUUUCCUUUCAAUCUGUUGACAUUUCAAUUAAGCACGCCUUAAUUUGUUAUUCAUCUCUAAUGGGGUGUCUUCUGGGUUAAGUAAGUAUAUACCCAUAGCAACUAAGGCCAUCUAUCGUCUUUAUGUAUUAGAGUUUUAAGUUAUAAUUACUUCUCUC